ACAAAUCCCUCUCUUUCUCUUCCUCACAUUCUAAACAACACCGGAGACCAGAAAAGCCGAUGCUGAAGUUGAUAAUGGCGACAAUGGAGACAAAGCUGAGAGACGAGAUGACACCAGUUUUCUCAGCACCCACGGUGGAGGAGCCAAGCAGCCGCUACAGCCACCGGUCUAUAGAGACUCUGGUCGUCGUCUUGGCUGCCAUCACCAUCAUCGCAGUCAUCGCAGGCACCGUAGCUCGCCUCUGCGGCGGCAGACACUUGGGUGCCAGUGGAGACAACGACAUCGAAGGCUGGGUUGAGAGCAAGUGCAGGACCUGCAUUGACGCCGGAGUAGCUCCUUCCGCCGGUCCUCCUCCCCCGCCGGAAGAUCAGUCGAAGCCGCCGGCUCAGGAGGUUAAGAAGUGAAAUGGGUAAGCAGAGAGCAGAGUA